AUGAAUAAACACAAGCUAGAGUUUAUAAGGAAGGAACUCUACUCUCAAAAUACAAACGAGAUUGUACUAGUCAAGAUCAAGGAAGGAUUGCUUACUCAGACAUUUGCUGAUAUCGGAAACAUAUUUGAACACGCAGGGUCAGUAAACUUUGUCCCAUUUCCCUAUCUCAACCUUCACCUCAAGAUGAAUGCCCCAGAGUCCGACCGAACUUUCUCGCCCAAGCAGGCCUUGACGCCAACACCAGAGCUAUAUGGAGAAAUCGUUGGUGAUGGCAUGGAACGCCUUGCUGCUGUAUCUCUUACCUGCAUUGAGCCGUUCGGCGAUUCCGAAGUCAUCUUUCACGAUGUUGGCUGUGGCCUUGGGGCUGGCACGGCGGCUGUCGCUAGUCUGAAAAAAGACAACAUUAUAAUCAAAGGCACCGAUAUUGAUGAAAACGUCGUGAAAUUAUACCGACAGAACGUAGCCAAGAAUCAGUGGCCUGCUGAAGCUUUCAAGAUGGAUGCGUCGGCUCUUGACUUCCCCGAUGAGACCUUCACUCACUGUAUUGGCAACGCGCUGUUGUUCGUUCUUCCAAAUGACGGUGUCGAUGCGAUAAAGGAGAUACACCGCACUUUGAAGCCAGGAGGUAUUGCCAUUAUCAACUCGUGGGCUCACACACCAACUAUUCCUGCGAUCCACGCAGCAGCGAAAAAGACUCGACCAGCUGCUACCCCUUUACCGCGAGAGGGGUUGGACAAAUGGGAAAAUGAGGUCCAUCUGCGCGACGUUAUCAUCAAGGGAGGAUUCACGCCAGAUAACGUCGCGAUCACGCAGAAGGAUGUUCAUGUUACUGUUGGAGAUCUAAAGCGGUUUGCUACUAUGAUCUGGAGUUUCAUUGGAGGUACUUCAAAGGCGGGAUGGCUAGAGUCUGAUGAAGAGAACUGGGAUACGGCUGUAGAAGCGGUGAUAGAAGCGCUGACGCAGACGGAGGGAUUUGAGAAGCUUGAGGAUGGGAGGAACAAGAUCAUGUUCCAGGCUCAUGUUGCGGUUGCUACCAAGUAGAUCAUGGGGAGCCAAGGUUUCACUCCCGGAUGAAUCGCCGCCCAUCUGACCAGGCAAAAAAUAACAGCAAC